UUUGAUAUAUAGUUAAAGUGUAUGUACCUGUUUUAUUUAUUAGAACUACACUAACACAAUGGCAGAGAAGAAAAUUUGGAUGCAGCGAGAACUAACCUGUAAGCCACUUGAUUCAUAUGAAGAAAUUUUAUUAUUCUUACAAGAUCCACCACCUUGGAGAACACUUUGUAAGGAAUUAAAGACGCAUAGUGAAAUAGCAAUAAAGAACAUAAACAUCAAUAAAUGUCCGGAAAAUAAUAUUUUGCUUGAAAGUCCACAAGCCUUCUGUCAUUUUGAUCCGGAUGCGGAAAAUGUCAAGCGCGAAGAUAAAAAAAUAUUACCAAAGACACUGGUGUGCCAUGAUAUGGCCAAUGGGUAUCACGAUGACAGUAUUAUCGAUGGCACUGGAAAUUACGAAGCUUAUACAUUUUAUAACUGGGCCGGGAUAGACAUUUUUAUUUACUUCAGUCAUCAUUUGAUCACGAUUCCACCUCUCGGCUGGAUCAAUGUGGGUCACGCGCAUGGAGUCAAAGUACUAGGUACUGUUAUAACGGAAUGGAGCGAUGGGGUCGCGUUUUGGGAUCGAGUGCUGCAGUCGGAGAGUGAGUGGCAGAACCUCGCUAGCGCGCUCGUGGCAAUCGCAAAAACGCUAAAGUUCGACGGCUGGCUGCUCAAUAUUGAGAAUAAGAUAUCAAAACCAGACGUGCUGCUACAAUUCGUGCGGUACUUGCACACCACGCUUCACCAGGAGCUCGACGAUCCAGUCCUUAUUUGGUACGACAGCGUUACUGUUGAAGGGCAUCUCAAUUGGCAGAAUGGACUUAACGGGAAAAACAGAGCGUUCUUCGACGCGUGCGACGGGUUAUUCACGAACUACUCGUGGCGCGAGGAGGACGUGUCGGCGAGCGCGGCGGGCGCGGGGGACAGGCGGCACGACCUGUAUGUAGGGGUCGAUGUGUGGGGCCGGAACUUCUAUGGCGGGGGGCAGUUUAACACGCAGGAGGCAGUGCAAUUGAUCCACAGCUACGACUGCUCAUUAGCCAUAUUUGCACCCGCCUGGACACAUGAAGCCAUGUCCGACGAGGAGGGUGACCCCAACACAGUGGCUGAUGCUGCUGAGCUGGAGGUCUACCAGCGGUUCCUGCUGCGGGACAGAGCCUUCUGGUGCAGCGUGUGGCCCUUCCUUAAUACUACGUUGCCGAGUUGUUUGCCCUUCCAGACGUCCUUCUGUAGGGGGCAGGGGAAGAAGCGCAGGAUGUAUGGAGAGGUGAUCUGUCCAGUACCGUGGUAUAACCUACGGCACAUGCAAUACCAACCGAACUCAUCCCUGGGCCCGCACGGCUACCUGGUCUCCAGCGCCGCCAACAUCGCGGGGCUCUCCCGUUUAGGGCUCCUGCGAACAAGGGACGGCAUCCUCAGAUAUCGACGAUCGGUUGAAGAAACCAGACAAGACACUGAUGAAUCCACGCAAGAAAUAGUCCUAGCCCUUAAAGCGGACAGCGUUGGGGAUAUACAAGAAGAAGUGGUGGAAGAAACAACGGUUAACGAAAGGAAAUCCGUCAAAAGGAAGAUGACCAGAGUGCUCCGACACUUCUUCAGGAUAAAGUCGCCGAAGACAGAUGAUCGGGAACAUACAGCAGUGCAGGAAACGGAGCAGGAUUCGAAGCCCAGCAGUAGCACGAUGGAAGUUAGAGGCCGGUCCAUGGUGCAGAUGUCUAUUAACUUACGGCUUGGAAAUAAACAAGUGAAAACUAAGUACGCGCUAGGCUAUGUGGCCAAUGAGCUGGAGUGCUUGGAACAGUUCUAUGAAGACAGCUUUAUUGGUGGAUCCUGUCUUAAAAUCAAUCCUUGUGAUGAAGUAACACCAGAACAUAGGUUUUCUAGAUUGUUCUUCAGCGAUUUCCACGUAAGGAACUGUUUGAUAGCCUGCGUCGUGACAAAGACGCUGCCUGGACAUGAGAGCCAGUUUUUGAAUGUUAUUUUGAAUGUUGAAUGUGGUGGUAAGAAAACGAAGGUAGUUCUAGUAGGCAGAAGUAUCCCCCACCACCACGAAGCGUGGUCUGGUUCAGAAGUGGUCAACGAGUACCCGCUACGCGAGUCUGAGCACGAGUUGCGCAACUUGCAGCGCCACUUGUUGCUCAACCAGCCCGGAUUCUAUGUGCCCGUGGAGAAUGCGUACGGAUGGGUGGUUAGGUACUACGACAUCGAAGUUCCAAAUUCGUGUGUGACGUCAGUGAGUGUCCGUACCGGGCUGGACGUGGGGCCCGUGCUGCUCGGACACUUUAGCCUCUGCGACAAGUUGAUAGAAUAAAUGACAAUAUUAUAUAAGAGUACAAAAAUAAAAAAAUAAAUGCCCUAAAAACAUCUUUGAAAACUUAACAAAUGGUCACCCUAUUGAAUUUUUGUUGUGGUAUGACGGUGCGAAAUUUUGAUUGUUUGUAAAAUCUUUGUUUAAAUAGAUAUGAUGACUUUAAGUAAUUUAAAUUAAUAAAAAAAAUAAUCCAUAAUAUCAGAUACAGCUACCUAUGUCCUAUGAUGAUUGAUAACUUAAUUAUAAAAUUGUAUGAUUUUUUAAAAACUUCAAAAACGCAGUUAUCACAUUCAAAUUUUGUUUAUGGUCGAAUACCGAUUAGAUUUCAACCAAAAAAUCUAACACCCAAUAUUAAGAUUUUCAACUACAAUAAUAUUAUAUGUAGAUACAUACGAAAAGUUAAGGUGGAUAUGUCGUAAGAGAAUCCUCAAAUCGUUCAUCAACCCUUUGUACCGACUGACCCACUCUUCGUUUAACCGAUAAGUAACUCGCACAGUAAAUUAUAAAUAUGACCGAUUGCGAGCGACCUUAAUUACAAUACAUAAUUGUUUUUAUCAGUGUACGCUCUAUUAUGUUAAAUAUCAGUUUUGAAAUAGUUUUAUCUUCUAUAAUACGUAGGGGAUAUAAAUAUUAGUUGUUACUUACUGUUUACAUAGCAAUCUUUUGGAGACUUUCUAAUUUUUUUAGUGGGGCAAUACAUUGCAAAUGUCUAUGGUUAACAAUUUUUGGCAAAAUUGCCAGAUAAUCUAAUUGUUUGAAGAAAUUGAUAACUGUUAUCGUUAGGAUUUAACUUUUUUAUGUUGUAAAUGCGUCAGAAGGGCUUUACCAACAUAAAAACACUAAAAAGUUCCUAAAAUAC